AUGGCAGGUGAAGAUAAAAUUAAGGAAAAAGCUUCAAAGACUCGUAAAUCAAGACAUAUCAAAAUUUCAACUCCACACAUGGCAUCCCAUGAUGCACCUCCAGAUAUGACAUCUCACGAUGCACCUCCUCACAUGACAUCCCAUGAUGCACCUCCUCACAUGACAUCCCAUGAUGCACCUCCUCGUACUACAUCCCAUGAUGCACCUCCACAUACGACAUCUCUUGGUGCCCUUCCUCAUUUUACACAUCCUUCUAAGACAUUGCAUUUUGCAUCUCCUCAUAGUAUAUCUCAUGUUGCACCCUCUUCAAGCACAUCUCGUGUUAGACCUGUUUGUAGGGCAUCUCUUACUAAGAAAUCUAAUGGCCUUCCUCAUACACCGACAUCUGCUACUAUGACAUCUAAUGGCCCACAUCCUUAUGUUUCACCUCCUAUAAGGGAAUCUGCUACUAGGACAUCUAAUGUCCCUCCUUCUCAUGUGUCAUCUGUUCUUAGGACAUCUAAUGUCCCACUUUCUCAUGAUGUGUCUACUACUAGGACAUCUAAUGUCCCACUUCCUCGUGUUACAUCUGCUGUUAUGACAUCUAAUGUCCCAGUUUCUCAUGCUACACCUGCUACUUCGACAUCUAGUGUCCCACUUCCUCAUGUUGCAUCUGCUACUAGGACAUCUAAUGUCCCACAUUCUCAUGUUGCAUCUGCUACUCGGAUAUCUAAUGUCUCAAUUCCUCAUGCUUCAUCUGCUACUAGGACAUCUAAUAUCACACCUCCAUCUUCAAUACGAGGGGUAGCAUCACCAUCUAUUUCACAACCUUAUGAUUCUGAUGGAGCACAAACCCCAAGAUCAAGUGAAACAGUUAUUCCAUCUGAGACACAAAGUAGUGGUGGAAAGCAAACUUUGUACCUUGACUUGCAAGGAUUUUUGCCUUCGUAUCCUGUAGCUAGUGGGAUCGGAGAUAUCAUUAGAAGUAAUUAUAGUAUGCCAUGGAACUCAUGGAAAAAGAUACACAUUGAUACAAGGGACUUGUGGUUUGGAGAGUUUAAGACGGAAAUGAAUGGUAUUCCCCCCACUCCUUCAGAUUUUUUUGUUCACACACACCAACAUCGCAAGAAUAAGACUUGGGUUGAUCGAAGAUCGGAACAUGUUUAUGAAAAUUAUAAACGUAGAUGGGAAGAAUUAACCCAACAAGAAUCUUCGCAAGGAACUCCGCCACCAAAGGAAAUUGAUGUGUGGACCGAGGUUGCAGGAAUAAGGAAAGGACAUGUUUAUGGUCUUGGGAGUGAAUCUUCUUUAUUUGCAAGUAGGAGAAAUUACCGUGGUUCAAGUUCCUCAUCAACUGAAUGGGUGCAAAGACAUGAAUUUGAAGAACUGAAAAUUGAAAGGGAAGAAAUGAAAAUUGAAAGGGAAGAAAUGAGAAAGGAAAGAGAUGAACUUCGUGAUGCGCUAAAACAAUUGAUGGAAAGCUUAAACUUUCAGCCCAAGCCAUAUAUUAGAGAACAAGUUCAUGAAGAUGAUGUGGAUGAUGAUAAUGAUGAUGUGGUUGAUGAUAAUGUUGAUAUGUCUGAUGAUAAUGUUGAUAUGUCUAAUGAUGGUGAAGAAAUAGGAGACAAAUGACAAGUGAAAUAAUGUGGUUUACUUUUAUAUGUUUUGUAGUUGUUUUUUGAGUUAGGAUAUUGACUUUUUGUAUGCAAGAAUUGAAAGGGAUUUAUUCCCCCUUUGGUAUGUGUAUGAUGAUGUCAAAGACCAGUUUACCAGUAACUUAGCUUGGUUAUGUUUUGGAUUGA